GGUCAAAGUAGACACACGGAGCAACGGAUGAUGCGUCAAUCCUGAACUCUGAGCGUGUCUCUGGAGAGCUGCAAACGCGUGCGUCAAACCACGGACAGCUUCGGCACCCAGCGACGAACGUUAUGCGUCAAUCCGGACAAAGGCAAAACUGGAUAUUCUCAAAGAGGAAAGACCUAUAAAAAGAGGCUCGUCAUCCUAGAAAGGCAGCAUUCUGAUUCAGUCAAGGAUCAACUACAUCUGUUCAACAUGUUCAUCAAGGAGUUCAUCUUCGCCAUUGUGAUCGGCGUGGCCGUUGGCCAAUUCGGCAACACUUUCCGAAGGCCCAGUAUCUUCCGGAACUUUGGGGGUUCCAGUCAAUCCGGAUCGGCCUUCAGCGGUGCUCAAAGCAGUGGCUCAUCGCCCAUAAACUAUCAAGGCCAAACUGGUCAAUACCAUUUGUCCUGGAGAGCAGCCAGGGCUUCGCCUAUGAGGCACUCUGACGCAAUUCGCUAUUGCAAAAGUUUGAAUAUGAACAUUGUAUCCUUUGAUGGAAGUAAUGGAAAUGCCAAGGCUGCCGAAAUCAAUUCUGUGGUGGUGAGUGAGGCUCCUUACUACUGGACCGGCGGAAAAGUCACAUCUGGAGGUACUGCCGUGAGAUGGAAUAAUGGUAGAGUGGACCCCAUUCCUCCCAAGUGCCCAAAAGGAACCCAAUGCAACCGUGGUCUGUGGUCCAACGCUGGUAACACUCCUGGGGGCCAACCUGAGACAGAUGAAGAGUGUGUGGCUGUCCUCAUUCACACCUACACCGCUGACCGCGGUCAGCCCCAUUACCACGAUGUUGCUUGCCAUCACCCGAAGCCCACCGUAUGCGAAUAAGGUUGAACGGCUACGCGAUAUUUAUUAAAAACAUUCCAUAUUUAUGAUUGUUAUUAAAUUGGCCGCAUUAAAUCACUCCACAUUGCA